UGACCCGGAAAAGGUUUCUGAAAGCCGCCGCGCUGUGUUGUUGUGAAGUGGAGGGACCGACGACGCUAUCCAAAUGAAUUGUGAAGAUGGCUGAAUUUGGACCAGAUUCCGGGGGAAGAGUAAAGGGAAUUACCAUAGUCAAACCCAUCGUUUUCGGCAACGUUGCGCGCUACUUCGGGAAGAAAAGAGAAGAAGAUGGGCACACGCAUCAGUGGACUGUUUACGUCAAACCCUACAGAAAUGAGGACAUGUCUGCUUAUGUCAAAAAGAUACAGUUCAAACUCCAUGAGAGUUAUGGAAACCCACUACGAGUCGUGACAAAACCUCCGUAUGAAAUUACAGAGACUGGUUGGGGUGAAUUUGAAAUCAUCAUCAAAAUAUUUUUUAUUGAUCCAAAUGAGCGUCCGGUCACUCUCUACCACCUACUAAAGCUUUUCCAGUCUGACUCCAGUGCCAUGCCCAAAAAGACUGUGGUGUCAGAGUUCUAUGAUGAAAUGAUCUUUCAGGACCCCACUGCUAUGAUGCAACAGCUAUUGAACACCACUCGACAGCUCACUCUGGGAGCCUACAAGCAUGAGACUGAGUUUGCGGAGUUGGAGCUGCGCACUCGCGAGAAGAUGGAAACGGCCAAGAAGAAGACGAGCCAGGAGAUCACAGAGCUGAAGGAGAGGCUGAAGGCCAGCCGGGAGACCAUCAACUUCCUGAAGGGGGAGAUCCGCAAACUGGAGGAGGACGACCAGAUCAAGGACCACUGACCAGAAGAUGAUGGGGCUGGAACAUCGAUAUGAACACGGGAUUGGGGUUGGGGUUGUGGGUGGGGUGGAGGGACGGGGCUGCUACUGAGCUCUCUGCAUUUUCCUGAACCUGAAGACAUUUGCAACUUUCACAUUAGCAACCAAAUGAGUUAUGACUGGCAACAAUACUUUGGAGAAAUGCAGCUCUGGCUGGUUGAAACAAUCAACCAGCAACUUCUUUAAGGGGGAGAUCUGCAAACUGACCAGAUCAUGGAUCACUGACUACAAAAAGAAAUAUGGGGCUGGUGACCUCCAUUAGAUCCUGUUGGUAUUCCAAGAAGUUGGUUCUUGUUGUAAAUCAGGUUAAACGAACCUGGAAGCAGUGGUAAAUUGCUUACCGUAAUUAAAAAGCCUGGAGAACUCAUUGUCUUAAACAAAUUACACCUUAAUAGUAGAUUUACUGUCGCCUGUAGAUUAAGUUAGCCAAAUGUAUCACUUAACCACGUUCUUUGAAGCCCACAGGUGUCCAUCUCUCAACCAUAAUUGCAAACUGUAAUCUGAACUUUAUUUGUUGCCAACCAUGCCAACCAAUUAAGUGUCUAAGUUGACUUAGUGUCCCAACAGCAGCUGGAUGGCAGAUGUUCCAGGAGGGGUAGUUUUUGCAAUUUUUCGUUUUUUUUCUCUCCCUUUUUUACCUCUUGUUUGUUUGCUAUUUUAAGUAAGCUGAUUUUUUUUAAUAAAGUAAAAACAAGAA